AUCCAACAAUCAUCAACUUCUUCUUUACUUAAACGAAACAAUUAAAAACCUAAGAAAUUUCUACGAAAAAUGACGAAGAAUGUCUCUCUUUUGGUCGCAGCUAUCUUCUACACAGUGUUCUUCAUGAAGAUUAGUUCGGUUUCUGCAGGUUGGUUACGAGCUCAUGCAACCUUCUAUGGUGGAAGUGAUGCUUCUGGUACAAUGGGUGGAGCUUGUGGUUAUGGGAACCUAUACACGGACGGUUACAAGACCAACACUGCUGCAUUGAGCACUGCACUGUUCAAUGAUGGAAAGUCGUGUGGUGGAUGCUACCAGAUCGUCUGCGACGCGAGCAAAGUGCCACAAUGGUGUCUUAAAGGCAGAUCAAUUACAAUUACUGCCACAAACUUCUGUCCACCAAAUUUUGCUCAAGCAAGCGACAAUGGAGGAUGGUGCAACCCACCAAGACCUCACUUCGACAUGGCUCAGCCUGCCUUUCUCACAAUCGCUAAGUACAAAGCUGGAAUAGUUCCCAUCCUCUACAGAAGGGUUGGAUGCAGAAGAAGUGGAGGGAUGAGAUUCACUAUGAACGGUAGGAACUAUUUUGAGCUGGUUCUCAUCUCCAACGUAGGAGGAGCAGGCGAGAUCGCUAAAGUAUGGAUCAAAGGGUCUAGGAGCAACAAAUGGGAGACGAUGUCAAGAAACUGGGGAGCUAACUGGCAAAGCAACACCUACCUCAAUGGUCAAUCUCUCUCUUUCAAAGUUCAACUUAGCAAUGGAAGAACCAAAGCAGCUCUCAACGUUGUUCCUUCGAAUUGGCGGUUUGGUCAGAGCUUCAAGAGCAACAUCCAAUUCUGAUAUCAAUAAUAAUUUUGUUUUGUUUUCUCUGUUUGCAUCAUCAUCAUCUGCCAUAAGCUUCUUGUUUUGUAGCUGUGUUACAGUCUUGCUUGCUUCCAAAGAGUUUAUAAUCUGGGGAGGACUCAAGCAGUGAUGAUUGUAUUUGUACAUUUAGGGAAGACAAUACGUAUAUGUAUUUAUAUGUUUCAAGUCGUGGUUUAAACAUAGCACUAUGUUCAAAGGCCA